UAUGUGUCGCUUCGGCUCCUGCUGGUUUUCUGACUGUGGAGCGAUAGAGCCCGGUGUUGAGCAGCAGCUGCAGCUCAGUGCGCCGCGCAGAGAUGGAGGAAGAGCUGGCCGCCGCUCAGCUCCUGUAAACCGGACAGGAGAGCAUCGGACGAGCCGGUGGGGAGGGGCGGGGAUGGGGGCUGACUAACCAUGGCUGAUAGCACCGACUGAACAUCCUCACUGGAAACCACCGGGAUCGCCUCGGAGAUCCGAUGAAAGCAGCCCUGUGUUGAGCCUCUCCUCGGUGGGUUGGCAUGGCCCAGUGAUGAACGGAGCGGUGCUGCCCGGUAGCCCGGAGCUUUCCUCCUCGUGUCCGCUGCCCGACUGGAGAGAGUUCUGCGAGCUCCACGCCAGAGCCUCGGCCGCCGACUUCGCCGACAAGUUCCAGCGCUUCUUGUCGGAGAACCCGUGCUACGACUCGCCCGGUGCCGAUGCCAGCUUCUCGCAGCACUUCGCCAACCACUUUCUUGAGUGCUUCUCUGCGGCGCUGACCCAGGCCAAGGAGAAACAGGCGUCCUCUCCGGGGGAGGACGGCUGCAACGCGGCGACCAAGUACAGCAUCGUCCCUUUCCUGGGAAUCCAAGGUUGCCCGCUGACCUACGGUCACGACCUCUACCAGCGGCGCAAAGACACUGGGGCUUCGAGUGAGUCUCUGGACAGCAUGGACAGCGGAGGCGGAGGGAUGGACGGGGGAGGAGGUGGCGGCAGCACCUCCUCCAGGGGUCCGCAGAACCACAAGAUGUCCGUCCUGGGACAGUCCCGCAGCUCAGAGGAUGUGUCCGUCAGCCACCCGAAGGCUCGCUUCAAGAAGGGCUUCUCCCUGAGGAACAUGAGUCUGUGUGUCGUGGACGGGGUGAAGGAGAUGUGGCACAGACGGGCCUCCCCGGAGCCUGACGCCCCCUCGGGAGCCAGGAGGGCCAACGGGGCGGGAGGCGAGGCGGGAGGGGGCGAGAAGUGGUCCCAGAAGCUCAGGCUCCCCCGGAGUUCCCAGGGCCACAAGGCCGAGCUGCUGGAGAUCCAGAGGGAGGGGGCGCUGAGGUACAUGGUGGCCGACGACACGAACUGUAUGGGCGCCGCGCAGUGGCAGAAGUGCCGCCUGCUGCUCAGGAAGACCAAGCGGGAGGACGGAGGGGAGAAGUUCCUGCUGGAGUUCUACGUCCCUCCAAAGUGCUCAAAGCCUAAAGUGAGCAUCCCUCUCUCGGCGAUCGUGGAGGUGAGGACCACCAUGCCGCUGGAGAUGCCCGACAAGGACAACACUUUUGUUCUGAAGGUGGAGAAUGGGGGCGAGUACAUCCUGGAAACCAUCGACUCUCUGCAGAAAAACUCCUGGGUUGCUGAUAUCCAGGACUGCAUAGACCCCGGAGACAGCGGCGAUGACAUCGAGCUGGCGUCAUGUCCUCACGGUCAGGCUUCCAAAGACUGCUCCAUGGUGGCCUCUUGCAGCUGCGAGCUGCUUUCCGAGGGUGUGUAUCGUGCUCCAGAGAGGUCCUGUCCCACAGCAGCAGACCAUUACAGCGCCCCCUCAGUUCGAUGCAGGGAGCCUCCCUUCACUCAGCACCCUUCACACAUGCCUUUAGAGCGCUUCCUGCAGUCCCCAGAAGCCCAGAGCUCCAACGCUUCUGCAGGUGGUGGCGAAGGAACGAAGGAGCCAGAGGGCGAUGCCAGUUUGGCAGGCUACCCCUGGUUCCACGGUACUCUGUCUCGUGUUCGAGCGGCUCAGCUGGUGCUUGCGGGCGGGGCCAGGAGCCACGGGCUCUUCGUGAUUCGUCAGAGCGAGACACGGCCGGGCGAGUACGUCCUCACCUUCAACUUCCAGGGCAAAGCCAAGCAUUUACGUUUGUCCGUUAACGAGAACGGCCAGUGCCACGUCCACCACUUGUGGUUCCACACUGUAACGGACAUGCUGAGACACUUCCACGCCCACCCGAUCCCCCUGGAGUCCGGCGGAUCGGCUGACAUCACGUUACGCUCCUAUGUGCAGGUUCAGCGAAGCUCCGCUGCAGAUGCGACCGUGCCUCCGGUUUUCACUCCUCCUCGGGAUGCGUCCUGCAGAGCUGAUCCGGUCCAGCCAGCCCUUCACCCGCCCGGAACCGCAGCUCCUGCGGGGCCUUCGUCCGACGGGCCCCUGUCCUCCAGCACCUCGUCCUCGCCCACUGCCCUGCCCUCCCUCUCCCGGAGCGACCCCGGUAUGGGGCUGGGCGGCGGCGGCCUGCAGAGCCGGAGCAACAGCUCCGAGCGCCUGUUGGAGGCGUCGAGCGGAGCGUCCGAGGAUUACCACGACGCCGACGGGACCCGCAGGGCCCGCGCCGUGGAGAACCAGUACUCCUUCUACUAAGCAACCCUCCUAAAAAAAAAUGAAAGAAAAACAGCGUUUGGCUUGUUUACAUCCUGAAAA